UCAAUAAUAGAAUAAAUUUACAUAUAAAUAUAAUAAUAUUUCAUUAAUCCAGUAGCUGACUAAAUUCUAUAGUUGAGGAAUAUUUUAAUCUGUUCUACGCGAACUAUCUUUCAUUAUAAGUGUAAGGACCAAGAACAAACUAUUUAGUUCUGUAAAGUUGUACAUGAUUUAGUUGUCAUUUACUCGAGUUAACAAUUAGCAUAUAUGGGGCGCUGUGGAAGUUAGAGAGUGUUCAAGAGUGUUAAAGUGAAUGCAAUUCGAAACGGUUCCAAUCGCAACUGAAAUAGAUUCUUACACAUUUAGUACAGUAAAUUCUCAUUAGACAGUAAAAUCAAAGUUUUUUACAAAAUUUAAGUCGAAAGUACUAAUUAAAUCUUAAGGAUCAUUGAUAAUUUUACAGUACAAUAAUGGAAGAUAAUGAAAAUACUAAAACCGGAGGAUCGAUUGAAGUCGAACGAGAAAAUGAAAAUCAUGAAAGUGAAGAGCCGGAAAAGAUUCUUAUCAUAGAUCCUGAUAGUGAAGAGUUAGAUUUUAACCAUUCAAGGUUAACGAAUUUAGAGAAUUUGGAACCAUUGAGGAAGUUACGCAAAUUGUGUUUAACAUGGAAUUUAAUUAAAAAAAUUGAAGGUCUUAAUACUCUUACAACAUUGGUUGAAUUGGAAUUGAGAGAUAAUCAGAUCGUUGUUAUAGAAAAUUUAAAUGCUCUUGCAAAUUUAGAGCUUUUAGAUUUAUCUUUUAAUCGUAUUAUAAAAAUAGAAGGAUUAGAGAAUUUAUUAAACUUACAAAAAUUAUUUCUCUCAUCUAAUAAGAUUCGAUGUAUCGAAAAUUUGUCACAUCUAAAGAAUCUAACAACUCUUGAGUUAGGUGACAACAAAAUACGAGAGAUCUAUAAUCUUGAAGGUCUUGAGAAUCUAACAAGCCUGUUCCUGGGUAAAAAUAAAAUUAAAAAAAUUGAGAACUUAGGAUGUUUAAAAAAUCUUCAAUUAUUGAGUUUGCAAAGUAAUCGUAUUACACAAAUAGAAAAUUUGGAAGAGUUAAUAAAACUAAAUCAGUUAUAUCUGUCUGAAAAUGGAAUAACUGUCAUAGAAGGACUGUCAAAUUGUCCAAGACUAACUACAUUAGAUUUAGCAAACAACAAAAUAAAGAAGAUUCAAAAUAUUAACCAUUUGGAGGACUUAGAAGAGCUUUGGAUUAAUAACAAUGAAAUUGAAGAUUGGACUAACAUAGAGAAUUUAACAGCCAAUAAGAAGAUAGAGACUGUUUAUUUCGAACAUAAUCCGAUUGCAGCAGAUCUAAAUUACAGAACAAAAAUGAAAUUAUUGGUACCAUGGCUCAUCCAAUUAGAUGCAACUCUUUGCAGAUAAAUA